CUCCAAUCGGUUUAUUUUCAUCUCUGCCUCCAGCUGAGCGGAGCUAGAAGUUCGGACGUCGAGGAGCUUUUAGCUGCUGCGGAGCCGAACCGAAACCGGAACUGGAUCUGGACCACAGCGUGACCGAAAGAUAGAGAGCGACGGGGACUACAGCGGGACUGGGACACAGAGAGCAGAACCGGGACUGUAAGUGAAGCGGGACCGGGACAGUAACAGGACCGAAAUCAGCAUUAUUUGAGUCUCGAAGUGAGAGAGGUUCCGGUCGGACAACCAGCGGUUCCCGGCAGCAGAGCCAGGUCAAAGUGGACUUCUGGUGGCUGCAGACAAGAUCAUGUACCAGGUCCAGCUGGUCGGUGAGCAGCAGGAGAGUCGACCCCUGCUGAGUCCCUCCAUUGAUGACUUCCUGUCAGAGAGUCGCGGUGAUGCCGCCUCCAGCCAACCCCUGACCUCCAACACAGCAGUUCUGUCCACGGCUCUGGACCUAGUGGAUCUCGGUGACCCAGCUGAGACCAGGGAGCGCAGGGGAAGGAAGAGUCCUCUGAGGAGGAAGGCUGGCUCCAGAAGUCCUCGGCACAGAACCAGAACUGAGGAGACUGAACUAAUCCAGGUUCAGGUGGAACACUUGCCUGCUACCCCCAAAACCCCCAAAAGAAUCUCUCUGGACUCAGUCAGCCUCACAUCUCCUCUGGACAAAUGGGACAAGGUCAACCUGGACUUGGAGGAUGGAGGAGGACCCAGGAGACAAUGCGAGAACAGAUGCACCUCCCACCACUCCUCCAGUGAACUGCUGUGGUCUGCAGAGUUUAAAACUGAUCCUCUGACAAAGAACAACUUCGACAUCCACAGCUUUGAUGAUCUGGACUUCAUAUCUCUAACACAGGACAGCAGCGUGUCCAGACUUCGCAGACGGACUCGCUCUCUGCUGGUCACAAACGAGUCUCUGGAGGACGAGUUUGUCCGAGCAAAAGCUGCAGUGGAGUCGGACACAGAGUUCUGGGAUAAGAUGCAGGCGGAGUGGGAAGAACUGGCUCGGAGGAACUGGCUGGAGGAGUCAGAGAGUCAGCAGAAGCCGAUCCCGCCCUUCGUCUCACCUGUGGAGAAGGGUUAUUACUUCAACACCAACAACCCGUACAGAGACUGGCCCAACGCCUUCGCUGAAGGUCAGGAGAAAGCUCGAGAAGGAGACCUGAACGCUGCCGUCCUGCUGAUGGAGGCCGCCAUCUUGCAGGACCCCAGUGAUGCUGAGGCCUGGCAGAUGCUUGGGAUGACUCAGGCUGAGAACGAGAACGAGCAGGCUGCCAUCGUGUCACUGCAGAGGUGUCUGGAGCUCCGCCCCAACAACCUGAAGGCCCUCAUGGCGCUCGCUGUCAGCUUCACCAACAGCAGCCUCCUGCGGGAGGCCUGUGACGCUCUUCGCCGCUGGAUCGGCCACAACCCUCGAUACAGACACCUGGUCCGGGACAGCAGGAGCCCGCUACAGGGUUCCCCAGCCACACCGCGCAGGGGCCCCGGCUGCUCCACACCUGCAAGUUCGCAGCUGCAGGACGUCCUGCUGCUCUUCCAGGAAGCAGCUCUGCUGAAUGUGGACAGCCUGGAUCCAGACCUGCAGACCGGACUGGGAGUCCUCUACAACCUGAGGUCAGAGUUCGACAAGGCGGUGGAGGCGUUCGGUGCGGCUGUGUCAGUCAGACCACAGGACUACCUGCUGUGGAACCGGUUGGGAGCCACGCUAGCUAACGGGAACCGCAGCCAGGAGGCGGUGGAGGCGUACACCCGGGCGCUGGAGCUGCAGCCUGGAUUCAUCCGCUCCAGGUACAACCUGGGAAUCAGCUGCAUCAACCUGGGAGCACACAGGGAGGCCGUCAGUAACUUCCUCACAGCUCUGAACCAGCAGCGGCAAAGUCAGCGCUGCAGCCAGCAGCGGAUGUCAGCCAACAUCUGGGCCGCCCUCAGGAUCGCCAUCUCAAUGAUGGACCGGCCUGAGCUGGUCCAGGCCGCCAACAUGGGCGACCUGGACCAGCUGAUGAGAGCCUUCGAGGAGCUGCUCGCUGUGCAGUUUCAAGCUUCUUCUGCUGCGCUGCUAAAGUCCUGAACUGAUCUGAAAUCAGGCCUUAAAGCCAUCAGACUGCACCUUCAGGUACACCAUCACCAUGAAUCCAGGAACUGCUCACCUGUUUAAUUCCACCUGUUGUCUUUAUUCACCUGCUGACUGCAACCUGAAUCAUUCAUAGAUACGUUCACUGUCUGUCGGCUGGACCCAAAUACAAGGACAAGAUGUUGGUUAGAAUCAUUCACACCAGAGCAACAAAUACAUGUUUCUGUUUUCCUUCUGGAGGUCUGGUCUUCAUCAGCAGUUCUCCAGACUGUCAUCAUCAAAGCCUCUAGGUUUAUAAAGCUGUAAAUUAUUCUGACCUAGUCUAAGAACCACAGCUGGUCCAUUUAGCUGAAAUUUGCAUGUAUAACAUAUAAAAUGUAGAAGACGUGGAUCUGAACGCAACCAAUACAAAGCUGAAGCCAGGUCCAAGUUUAAUGAAGUUUGGAUCCAAUGAAAGUAUGUUUGUGAGCCAAAACUAUGUCCAGCGGCACCGACAUGGUUCACAGUUCAAAGGACUGAAGUUCUUUUGGACUUCCUGACAGAGACCACUGGACUAAAAUCUGCAGAGCAUCAGUAAAGUUCCUGCGAAUCUCAGCAGACAUGAACUUCCACCUGCAGAGAGUCCAUGGUUCAUCUCUGGGAGCUGCUGGAACAAGGAUCCUGAGGUCCUUUCCAGGAUUUUCACAGCAUCUAUUGGAAGGAUUGGGAUCCCCCGGCAAGGCUGGAGGUGACGGUCACAUGAUACAAACAUUAAGGCGGAGCUUCAUGCCAGACUUUGACAAACCUUCAGUAAGAAGAAGUGAAACAGCUGUUUUCCUGCAUGUUAAGAUCUACGCUACAUCCAGCAUCUAUUACAGUUCAUGAAGGUAGAUCUGUAUCAAAUAGAGUGAUAGAGCAUCAUGUCCUUUAAAUAGAUCGUAGAUCAUAACAGCUGCUCUUGUUUCCAGUCUCUUCUAAACUCUGUGUUCUGUGUGCUGGAGUCCAGCUACACUGAAAGCCCAUCAGGGACGGUUCUGUUAGUACCCGUUUGCCAUGUUCUGGUUGUAUGUUGAAGGUCCAACGAGUUUUCCACUCAUUGCUGAAAAUACGUCACAUGAUCACUUCUAUGGUCAGUUAUCAGAUUUUGUGCCACAGUGAUUAUGACCUACAGAGGUUACCAAGACCUGGAUGGAGUGGGUCGAUGGAAGCUGUUAGUUCUCCAGAACUCUAGAUCAGUCUGUUCUUCAGAGGGCAGCCUGGUUCUAGAGGGAGACGGUGUUUCUGAGGAGGCUGGGUUUUUCUGUGGCUCCUGGCUGAAAGAAGGUAGAAGUUGGAGCAGAUUGUGUCCAGAAGGUGUGGGGUCUGCAGAGAUGCUGAUGAUUCCACAUUUUGAAUUUUUCCACACAGAAGAACCGGGUCCGAUGUGAAGGAUGAUGACCUGGAAGAUGUUACCACAAGAUGACACAAAACUCCGUUAUCGGUUCAGGAACCAUUUGGACUCAUUUCCUUUUCCCUCUUUCUGCUCGUGGUUCCAGAUUUGAAAGCAGAAUCUUUCCUUAUCAGGCAUUCCUCACCAUUAGAUGGAGCCACUGGACCAGAGGUCAGGAUCCAGUUUAGCUGAUUUGGACUGGCUGCUUGUUGUCUGAAAUGGUUCGGCCCGAUAUAUUUACCCAAACUGCUUGAGAUAUAUAGUCCCAGUAGAACUCUGGGAUCAUCCAGUCUAGGUCCAAACUGAAGAACAAAGGGGCUUUUGCAGUGGCAGUCUCUAGACUCUGGACCAACCUGGACCCAACUGGACCCAGCGUCCUUUCCUGAACCAUCUGUUGGUGGGUGACUGGACCAUGGCUUCAGCAGACAGUUGGUCUAGUUGCUGAGAAGACAGGAGGGGGCGUGUCAUCCUGCAGUGAUGAGUUUGACCCACAGCAUCAUACUGGACCUGCUGGUAACGUUUCCUAACUUUUCUUCUGAGGACCUUCAUGCUCAGGGCAAACCAUCAGUCUGCAGUUAUUCCAGGAGGAAUCUUCUAUAAGGUGUUCACAAGAACCAGCCCCACUGGUUGCAUUACAUGUUGGUUCUGUUUGUGUUUGUUAAUGAAUCCAAAAGGUUCCGAAUUUAAGACAAAUUUGUUGAUUUAUUCUUAUAUAGAAAGUUUUACAUUUUCAUGGAAAAUGGAACAAAAACCAUAAAACUGUCUCUUUAUUGCAUCGUUUUAUGUAAUCUGUACAAUUCUGUAUUUAUUAUGGAGUCAAUCUUCUUUUCUAUAUUUUAUUUCCGCUGUUGUUGGAUUUAUGUCGUUGUUAUUUAUCAUUAUUUAGAUUAUUGUUUGUGUUCCUGCUCCAAAUAAAGCUUAAAAUAAAACAGAA